GAUACUUUUGAUCCCGAGGGGCAAUUAAACGAUGAACUUCCCCUCUUAAUCGCACCUACGCAUAAAUAAGGGACAAUUGCAACAAAAACAAAAGGGAUCAACGAACCUUCUCGUCAUCCUCGAAUGGAACAUACCAUUUGGAUAGCCGCGUUUUACCCUGGCGAUUCUGGUGGGCAGGGUCAGCAGUAUAAUCAUGUCAGCCAACGACAGGCGCUUGCCUGGACAAGAAUGAAUCUGAUCAUGGGAGGUGGGAAAAAACAGUCACAUGCAAUUUGGCCUUCGGUUCAAUCAAGUACUGCCUUCCCUCGAGCGCUUAGGACGCGCUCGAGAAACUACGCCUCGGGAUCCUAUUCCUGUCAUCAUAUGUCUUGCGUAUAAUUGCUUUGAAGCGCACGAUUUCUACUAGCAUAAUUUUGUAUCACAAUCAACCUCGAACUAUACCUUAAUCGCGUGCAGAGCUCGCGUUCGUAUGUCCAUACCUAAAAAUGUCGCCGACAAGAUAAGGGAACAGGAACAGCAGAUGUCUCUGCUCCGGACGGAACGCUCCAUCUUGGAAGUGAAGGCGUCUCAAUUUCAUCAUCGACUCCUUACAACACUCGAUGCCCUUGAUCAGCUCCAGCUAUCUCAUAAUGCAGAGACUGCGCAAUUGAAGCGAUCUAAUUACAUGCUUGAACAGAAGGUCUUGCGUCUACAGGCUAGGCUGACGGAAGUGAAAUCGGAGUACGAUGAUAUGCGAGAGGCAGUGGAGAGCCUCAUUGAGAAGGUGGAACUUGCGAACGGAUUCCAUUCUUUGUCCCACAGUGCCUUGCAGAUCAGUUAUCUGACGGAGCCGUCAGAAUCGUUACGCAUCAAUAAUGAGGCUAUUAAUGGAAUAUCGCACGACCAGGUUGUUCAUUCCCUCACUGAUGCAUUGGAGGAAGAAAAGAAAUUGCGAACUAAUAUCCAAAAUGUAACAAAGGCUCAGAUCGAUACUCUUCGCGCCAUGGUUGCCCGUAGGGACGCCGAAUUGGAAGAGCUCAUCCUCAACGGGUUCGGGCCAAGCAAGACCGGAGACUCGGGGGUUGAAGACUCUCGGGCAUCUAACGGCGAGGCACUAUCAAUUCUCCCGCAAGCCAGUGACAGAAACCGAGCCCUUGAGAGAGAGAUUGAGCUUCUCUGUCAAGAGGUAGGAGACCAAUUUAAAGUAAGGAACGAGGAUACGAAGGCUGAGUAUUCCAUAGUUAGAUGCAGCUAAAGCUCGCAAAUUGAGUCAUGCACCACCCUCUGCUGAGGAAACCCCUCGAUACCACUCCUCCCUCGAAACUC